CAGCCAGUGCAUGCGCUGCAGACAUAGAUGGAGGUCGAGAUCCCGACCGAGCACCGCGCGCCCAAGGUUGAGGCUAGAGCGUGGCGAUGGCACGAUCUCCCGGCCGCCACCGCCAAGCCGCUCCGGGACCCCCUCCUCGCCGUCAACUUCCUGCUCCUGGCCGUCGGCGCGGCCUGCGGCCCGCUCCUCCUCCGCCUCUACUUCCUGCGCGGCGGCUCCCGCAAGUGGCUCUCCAGCCUGCUCCAGACCGCCGGCUGGCCGCUCCUCCUCGUGCCGCUCGGCUUCUCCUUCUCCUCCCGCCGGCGCCGCAGGAGCCGCCAGGGCGACGCCGCCACGGCUAGCAGCGGCGUCUUCCUCAUGACGCCCCGCCUCCUGGCCGCGUCCGCCGUCGUCGGCCUCAUGACCGGGGCCGACAACUUCCCCUACGCCUACGGCCAGGCCUACCUCCCGGUGUCCACCUCCUCCAUCCUCAUCUCCACGCAGCUGGCCUUCACAGCCGCCUUCGCGCUGCUGCUCGUGCGCCAGCGCUUCACCGGCUCCACGGUCAACGCCAUCGUGCUGCUCAGCGUCGGCGCCGCCAUGCUGGGGAUGGGCUCCGGCGGGGACCGCCCCGCGGGGGUGUCGGGCGCGCAGUACGCCGCCGGGUUCGGCAUGGCGCUGGGCGCCGCGGCGCUCUACGGCCUCGUGCUGCCCGUCAUGGAGCUCAGCCAGGCGUGGCACGCGGCGCGCGCCGGCUCCGCGGCCCUCACCUACACGCUCGUCGUUGAGAUUCAGGUCGUCAUCGGGCUCACCGCCACGGCGUUCUGCGCCGUCGGCAUGCUGGCGAACAACGACUUUCAGGUGAGUUUUCGGCACUAAUUCCAGCUUCACUUGCCUCUGCUCUUCGCCUACUUUCUGUUGCAAUUGCCUAAAUAUUUACGUUGGGAGGAGUUUUGAAGGGACUCCAACGAGAAAACUAAAACAGAGGUUAAAAUGCGGCAAUCAUCUACAGUGAACAGUAAUAAAUUCAAAAAUAAAUAGUAAAAAAGACCAAAACAAACUACUUGUUGGCAUUGAAGAUGCUCUAUUGCGCUAGGUGCCUGCAAAUUUCAUGAUGAAUACACAUUCCAGUAUCUCUGCUUUCAACAAGGUGUUUUUUCAUAGUUUCUUAUACUACUUAUAGACCCAAAUUUUCUUUUCUCUGAGCACUCCUCAAAUGUCCUUUGACCACUAAAUUUUCAACUUUUCAAAGCUUCCACGACUAUUACUGUUCGUAAAUAGUAACGGCGAGAAAGCAGUUUACUCCACCGAGCAGGGACAUCACAAAGAUGACAAGAUUGCAAGUGAUUGAGGCUUAUCUCGAUAACAAGUGGGUCAAUAUGAUUGACAUCUCCACGUCUUUUCGGUUAAUCAUACCCCUCCCCGAUGAUACAUGUGGCUGUGGGUGCGAGUAGGCUGAAUCGAUAACAAGUGGGUCAAUGUUGUUGUGCCUCUCCUUAGAGUAACUUCAACGGGUCGAUCCAAACGAACCUUAGAGCAACUUCAACGGGCCGAUCCAAACGAACGACAUUUUUGUCCGCUUUUUGUUCAUUUAGAUCGGCCGCCCGUCCGCCGUCCGUCCUCUUUUAGUUUUGGGUCGACAGUGCGUUCAAUGGGCUGAUCCAUUUUCAUGACCGCGCGCGUUUAAUAUCGUGCCGUCGCUUUGAUUUUGACGCUCCAGCAUGCGGGAAAGGUUCGCGCGCGCUGGUUUUGGCGCUACAGCGCGCGGGAAAGGUUCGCGCGCGCGCCGCGGGCGGCGCUCGUUAUAAAAGAAGGCGCUCCCCCCACACUCUGUUGGCCGCCCACUCUGGCCGCCUCUGCGCCACCAUGUCGAUCCACCGCCUACGCGCUUCGGAUUUUCGCGAAGUCCGCGAGCGCUGCUCCGGCGCCUUCUCCGCCGAGAUCUGGUUUCGCGAGAAACAUCUCGUCCUCGGCACCUUCGACACCGCAGAGGAGGCGGCCCGCGCGCACGACGCGGCGGCGUGGCGCCUCCUGAAGCCUCCUCGGGAUGUAAAUUUUCCCAACGUGUCGAGUCAGCGGGCGCAGGAUCUGGCGCCUCUCCCGCGGCUUUUCACCGACGAGGAUCGCCGUGUCCAGCGGAGGCGGCAGCAUCGCCUCGCCAUCGCAGAGAAGGACGUGGAAGCCUUGGUGCUGUGGCGAGGAGGCUGUUGGGGAACGUAGCAGAAAUUUAAAAUUUUCCUACGUGUCACCAAGAUCCAUCUAUGGAGUCAUCUAGCAACGAGGGAGGAGUGGAUC